AUGCUGAUUGCCUGCAUCUUCUACCGACCAAGGCAAACAAUUUUACCAUCUAAGGAAGAUAGAAGGAGAGAAGAAGAAGAAUUGAUGAGAGUAGUUUGCGCUCAACUUCAACAUGCAAACGGAAUAGCAGCUGUGAUCGGUCCUACGUCGACAGAUGGCGCUCUUGCCGUGCGAUCAGUGUGUAAAACGGUUGAUGUACCACACAUCGACACACGGAGACAGUUUGGAGGAAUGGGGACAUUAUCGAACACUAUCAGCUUGUAUCCCCAUGCUACUUACAUUAGUUCAUUGUUGGUUGAUAUAGUGCAACAUUACAAAUGGCAUAAGGUUACCGUCAUGUAUGAUGAAGAUGAAGCUUUAGAAAGACUCCAAGGAGUGUUUAAGUUAUCUUCUAGCGUACACAUGCAACUGAGUGUGGAGAGGAUGAAAGGAUCCAAUCACAAGACUAUCCUGAAGAGAAUAAAGACAUCGGGCUCGAACCAUGUCAUCGUUGAUUGCAAGAGAGAGACGCUUCCCAUUCUGCUUGAACAGAUGCUAGAAUUGCAAAUGCUUCGAAGUUACUAUCAUUAUCUAUUUGUUUCACUGGAUCUGUACCUAAUAAACAUGUCAAGGUAUACAGGUGAUAAGGUUAACCUGACAACACUGCAUAUGCUGAAUCUAUACGACCAGUACACCGAGGCGUUCAUGGAGGAAUGGAACAAUAUGCAGAUGGGACCUAGGAGUAUCACCAUGACAACCAGGAAUUUCAGCAUCCUCACAACGGAAGCUGCCCUGCUUUACGACGCAGUGAACGUGGUGGCCCAUGGUCUUCAAGAACUCGGAGAUUCUCGGAAUAUUUCGUUGAGAUCGUUGAGCUGUUUCGGGGAGCAAUCGGAAUGGACCGACGGACUCACGUACUACAAUUUCCUCCAAGGGACAAAUAUCAAUGGUCUGACUGGCCCUAUAACGUUUGAUAGGAAUGGCUUUAGGGACAGUCCAAGAUUCUUCAUUUCAGAACUUCAAGAUUCUCAGUCUGUGGUGUUCAAAACGGUUGGUCAAUGGGAUGGAAAUGGUCUGAAUAUCUUCCCAGUGGACAUGCAUAUAGAUAAGAACACAACGUUGACCAACAAGACUCUGAUUGUUACAACUAUAUUGGAACCUCCAUACUGCAUGAAGCGGAAGAGUCCUGAUGGCGAACCCCUGGAGGGCAAUGCACGCUUUGAGGGAUUCAUCAUAGAUCUCCUGGACUACAUCUCACAGAGGAUGAACUUCAACUACGUCAUCACUCUGGUUCCUGAUGGCGACUAUGGCUCCGAGGUCGAUGGUCGCUGGAAUGGCAUGGUUGGGGAGCUAGUUGAAAGGCGAGCUGACCUUGCAGCAGCUCCUCUCACAAUCACCUAUGUCAGAGAGAAGGUGAUAGACUUCUCCAAACCCUGGAUGUACCUGGGAGUGACCAUCCUCUUCCGUGUACCUGAACCUCAGAACCCCGGUGUCUUCUCCUUCCUCAACCCACUGGCCCCAGACGUCUGGCUCUACGUCAUCCUGGCGUUCCUCCUGGUCAGCUUCGUCCUCUUCGUCCUGGCUCGAUUCAGUCCGUACGAGUGGUACAACUCCCACCCGUGCAAUCCAGACUACGACACGGUCGAGAACCAGUUCAACUUCUUCAAUUGUCUCUGGUUCUCGUUUGGUGGUCUCAUGCAGCAGGGAUCCGAGAUCAACCCUAGAGCGUUCUCUACCAGGGUUCUCAGCGGCUUCUGGUGGUUCUUCUCUCUCAUCUUGAUCUCCUCCUACACUGCUAACCUGGCUGCUUUCUUGACGGUCGAGAGGAUGGUGUCACCUAUCCAGACUGCCGAUGACCUGGCCAAGCAAACAUCGAUUGAGUAUGGCACCAGGAAAGGAGGGUCCACGGAAGAAUUCUUUUCGAGAUCGAAAAUCCCCACUUACAUGAAGAUGUGGGAGUUCAUGAGUUCGAGGCAGCACGUAUUUACAAACACCUACAUGGAUGGUAUUGAGCGCGUUCUCAACAACAGAAACUAUGCCUACCUCAUGGAGUCUGCCAUGGCCGAUUACGUGGUCUCCCAGCAUUGUAAUAAUUUGACUGCCAUUGGAGGGCUGCUCAACUCAAGAGGUUACGGCAUUGGUACACCACUCGGUUCUGUUUAUCGAGACGAGAUUACCAAAUCCAUCUUGCAGCUUCAAGAAGAGGACAUCCUCCUAGAGCUGAAGAACAAGUGGUGGAGGACGGACCAGUGCCAUAAGAACACUGGUCAGAGUGACGAAGCCAACUCACUGGGUCUCAAGAACAUUGGAGGAAUCUUCCUGGUUCUGAUUACAGGCCUGGUGUGUGGUCUUAUAGCAGCCUUCGCAGAGUUCAUCUGGAAAUCAAGGCAGAAUGCUUUGAUUGAUAGGAAAUCGUUAUGUGGUGAAAUGAUGUCGGAACUACGCUUCGCGUUCCGCUGCAACAACAAGCGACGGAACAGCAAGCCGGUGAUAGAGCAUAAAUACAUCCCAACCACUACCUACCCUCCAAACAUCAAUGGUAGGCAAUCUAUGCAGAUGGUUGAACCUCUAGCAUGACCCAGAGACUAGAACAAAACAUUUUAUUUAAUGAUUGUUAGUCAUCCAAAUGCUACUCUAGCCACGGUAGCCAAGAACUACAAUCGUUAGCUCAGUUUGAUUAAUAGACCACGUACUAGCGGAAACGACUUGGUUUGAACAUGGACCUCGUAGGUUCGUGGUUCGAAAGAGACGGAAUAUUGUUUUGCUGUUCGUGUAUUGAUGCUACGAACUGAGACCACCAGAAAUCUGAAGCAGAUGAGCAUGCUACAUGGAUGCUACUGUCAUCAGCUUCCACGAUAGCUAUGAAUCUUCAUGACUGCACUUUUGAAUAGGAGAUUACGAUCUUGGCCGAAGCAUAUUGCGGUAAUAGCAAUGAACCAGAGUCUCUGUUGUCUUUAGAUUUUGCAAAAGGAAUCAAGAGAGAUGAAAAGUUAUUUUUUAUAUUCAGAGUAGGAAUGGUGUUUAAAUUGAAACCAACUACUCUGCUUGGAAGAGACUGAGUGAUUGAUAUCUAUUCUUUUACAGUACUGAAUACAAGGAGACAAUAAAGUGAUUAUGAUGAAACGACGAUUGAUAUUGAAUUGUUUAUAUGAAGCACGACGAUACUUGCGUAUUAUGGCAGGUAGAUACAGAAGCAUUCAUUAGAUUCAGAUACAGCUGCUUGUUGGGGUCACCAGUACAUCAAAAGGACUUUCAGUUGUGCAUUCAUGUUCAGAGGUUACAACCAGGUCCAGUUAAAUCAAAGGCCAAGUGUGAGAGGAUUUGUUCACCAUCUCGAAAAGCAUACUUCAAAGAACAAGAUGGUGGCUCGGCCAUAGAUGUGCGACCAGUGUGGUUAUGCCUUUCUGUCUACACUGAAUCACUUACAAAACCAUCAAGGAGAAGCGAGCAGGAACAACUACAAUAUGUUCUUAAAAUCACCAUACGAGGCUGUUGUAAAAAAUGGUCCACAAUAAAUAAUGCUUCCAAGAGACCAAGAAGACCAUAAAGACGACUUGGAAGUUUCCUUAUGAUUGUUGGGGUAGGAAGAUACUGCUUAAUAUGCUGUUACAUCUUCCCAGAUUCAAAGUGCUGAGGGAAAUAAAGACUUAUAUUAAACCCCUGAAAGCACAGAACUCUCUCAUUUCUAUACAAGAGGCUAGAAGCCAUGAUAGGUUUGAAAGAAUAUGAAAUUCUAACAAAGUGUUUUCCAUUACAUGUAUUUAUCGCCUAAUAAGAUUAGUCCUCAAUAUGAUCAGAAUUAUAAUGGGAAAACACUUGCUAAUUAUUGGAAAAAAUGGCAUUGAAAAGACAUUAUUAAUGGCAUUACUUACUCGUUCUCUGGUUGCAUACUAAAAACAUAUUUUACCAUUUGCUUGGAACUCUCUCCAUUAUCAAAAUUAUGAAAGGCAAUGAAAUUUGGAAACAUCGAACACUUUCAUCCAGCAAUCUUCAAUGAUUUCAAUUAAAUUGUGAGAACAGUCAUCAAAGAAACUAUUUAUUAUUUUAAUGAGAACAUCAUAGAUAACCUUUCAAAGUCUAAUGAGUCUCUUUAGAGGAAGUCUAUUUAAAAGUUCUGUUUCCAAAUACUAAACACAACAUCAAAAUUAAGUUCCCCCUAAAGAACCCCAUCAAAUUUGCCAGUCUAACAAAUUAUUCAAGUUCAAACCAAGCAUGGGAUAUAGCUAGGGUUGUUAGAAAUCAGAUUCUCGAAAAUUAGAGGUAUCCAUGACUUAACAAAUGAUUUGUUAUACUGGACGAUCUGAUGGGGUUCUUUAGGGGGAACUUACUUUUGAUGUUUUGAUUUUAUUGAUUUAUCCGAGAGGAAUACUACAACAGGCUUUUCAAAUUUAGUUGGUUAUUUCAAUAAAUGUUACUGUAUGUUCUAUUCUAGUUUUAUAGAAGAACGGUAUGUACAUGUAUUUCUUUUUCCUGAUCAGAACAGUUUCGUUGAAGGUAAACAACUUGAAAUUAUAACAUCAUUGAAUUUGAUCUACUGUUUACUACAAUCUACUGGGCAAUUCGAAAAAAAGCAAGUACUUUCUGUGGAAAAUUAUUGAAAUGAUGUGUCCUCGCUUUGGGCUUCAUAUGAAAAUGUGUGAUGCCCUUAGAUCACCAUGGCUUGAGUUUUUCUUAAACUGAAGUACAGUGGUGCUCAAAAGUUAGUGAACCCCACCGAAAAAUGAAUAUAUUUAAAAGUGUUCAAGUUCUGCCAUGUUUUAGAUAUUUAAUCAUGAAGUGGGGUGAUAAAAUGUUACAUUCAAGAAAGUAUGUUUCUCUGGGCUCACCGAACAUUGUAGUGUUGUUGUCUACAUUCAUUACUAAGCAUGAAGGAGUGCAUAUUGUGGUGGAGUUUCUAACUUUUGAGCACAACUGUAUAUGGAAAACUGAGGGUUGGAAUUUAAAGAAGGUAGAUUAUUUUAGGGAACUGCCCAAGUGCAUUCUAUUUGAACUCGACAGAAAUUAUAGCAAGAGAAAGUGAUGAUACAUGUAUUUCCUAAUUUACAAAAGUAAUAGGCGAUCCAUAUUAGUUUUAAAUAAUAAAAUUAUAUGUACUUCAAUCAUAGAAAAUCCAAAAUAAACUCUCCAAUUUGCUAAAAAGACCCAUCAUGUCAGCAAUAAAAUACGUAGGUAAUAUUUUGACAAAUGACCACAGUGAAAAACACGAUGGCAUUAUCUCAUAUAACUGACCUUUAUUCUAUGAGGAGAGUUUGACAAAUGAUCCCUCUUUUAUACUGACCAUUAUCAUAGUUCUAUGAUGAAAUUGAUUAUUUAGUAUAGUUUCCAUGGUAACCGCUUGUACAGAAGGCUUGUCUUCCAGUGUAUAGUAAGGGGAUCUAUACCAUACCAAAAAGCAAUGUGUAUAAAUUAACAGAAUCAGUGUGUAAUAAUAUGCAAGAGAAUGUCUCUAUUCGUACGUUUGUCGCUAGACAUAGUAAUAAUCCGAAGUGAACAAACAUAUUUCAUCUUAUUGUGCAUGUCAUUACCUCUGUUCAAAUUGAUUUUGCAUCAUUAUAGUGUAAUAAAGACGAUAACUACAUCAUCGCCUAUGAUUCUACAAUAUGUUACUCUGAAUGUUUAGCAGAGAUGAUGUAGAUCAAUGCUUCAGUUUACAGGGGGUUUUUAUAUAAAGAGUAUUUGACAUACUAAAAUAACUUUGCAAACAUUUUGUUUUAUUUCAACCUACACCAUUUUAGUAAGCCAUGCCAUGUAUUAUGGCAUACGCUUUUUUCUUUCUCAUGCACGGCAAUAAAGAUUGGUAUAUAGUUUCUAUUGAAAAUAAUGAAGAUUGUCAAUUAUUGAAACCUUUAUUUGUAGAAGGGAAGUUUUUUAUGUAAAGGACUAGAGUAGUAUGUAGUUUUGUUUUAUAUUUUUGCUUAUUUGAAUCACGCAACUUGCCCGGUGCAAGCUUUAUUCUUAUUUGAUAUUGUACAAACUAUUUUAUCUGCAAAGAACUUAUAUUCAUCUUUAUUGCUUGGAAUAUUUGUAUCAUAAGGUUGUAAAUGUACAAACUUCUUAUUAAUCGAAAAGUCAAUAUUAUUAUUAUUAUAUGCAAUGUUUAAUGUUAGGUGGCGUAUGGUUGUACGCUGGGUUAGCUAUUUCUUUGUAUGCAAUGAAUCACCAGCCUGCAUAAAGUGGUUCUUUUGAGAGAAGCGCCCUCUAACCGUGAAGGCUGUGGCUUACUAUAUGACCAGAAUACAAAGCGAGUUUACAAGAAAUGCCACAAGCGCUAUCAAAUGUAGACUAAAACAAGAAAUUGUUGAUGGAUAAGCAUAAUUUUAAAAAUAAGAUAUAAAAUUCAAGUCAAUUGAGCUCACAAUGACGGUGAGUUAUGACCGACAUUUUGUUUGGUAGUCUAAGUAUUAAAUCUGAUAAAUCAAUCUCUUGGAGUAGCUGGACAUACCAAGAAUCACUUGGAUUUCUAGUUCCAUGACCAUCUGUAAAACCAGGGCUAAAUCAAAGACGACUUGUAUGUUGAGAUUUCUAAAGUGCAUUGAUAACAUGGUAAUUUCCUUGAAAAUCAAAUUGAAUGAUCGCCGAUGUUCAGUUUUGGUUCUUGGCAAAUGGUGACAAGGUUGAUGAUUUAUUUACCCCUGAAUUUUGUGUUUCAUUAUAUUGAAGAUGAUAACAUCUGCGUUACGUUGAAAUGUAUGUUUAAAUUUGUUUCAUUUAAUUUAAAGAGAAUAACUUUUCUUUGUAACAAAAACUCUCGCUUUACCAUAGAUCAAGUGUAAUACUAGAGUAUCAGUGAUUGUGAAAUGAUUAUAAAAUGAUUUUUAAACCCACAUACAAAUUUUACCACAACAGAUAAUUGCAAUGUUAAUCCUUAGCGUGCAACGAACACAUUUUUGUGUAAUUGUACGUAUUAUCUAUACAACCGUAAUAAUGUAUUUUCUCUUUAAUAAUGGUAGUAGAGGCUUUGCAAAGCAACAAGGCUUCUAGUAUUGUGUCCAUGGAUUUAUUUCCAGUCAUUCACACCAAGCAUGCUUUGGGAUUUUCCACAUUUUCUUGAAGAUUAAAAAGAAAAUCCAUGAGUUUCAAUGCAAAUUAAUGUGUUAAUAUACAGUGAAUUGCAAUAAUAAGUUACAAAAGUUCGGCAUUACGUUAUAAUAAGGCACAUUACUGCAGAUCUAACAUGAAAUGCAAUGUGGAACAUACAUGUUAUAAUACUCAAGAACCUGAAGUUUGUAAUUUUGAUAUGAGAUGCUACAUGUAGGUCAAACUCUGGUUGAUUCAACCUCAGAAAUGUUUGCGUUACAAACAUGACAGUGAAAGAAAGAAAGGAAAUGGUAGUUCAGGGCCCUGUUACACGAAGCACAGCUUAUUGAUUGUGGGGCUGAUUUUCAUGAUCGAUCACACACAAUAACCAUUUCAAAUUAACUGCAGAAAUGAAUACCAUGAUCAAUCACAAAGCGUUGUGAUACAGGGCCCAUGUCUGUGAAACUACAUGUCAGAUGUAAUUAUUUCAUGUCAUUUUGUUUCCGUUAAGUUUCAAAGUGAUCUUUGUGAUCAUUAUGCCUUCAAAUACCUACCAAGUAGUUGUACGUUUUAGUACCUUACAAUGAUCAGCAAUGUCAGUUUGUUUUCAUUGCAAAGACUAAUCUAUGGUCUUGAAUUUUGCAGCAUGAUAUUUAAUUGUUUCUUUCUUAUUGGUGUUGGCACGUUCUUUUACAUGGACCGUUGUGAUAAAGAUGUAUCAAACUUUUAAAA